AUGGACGAUUUGUUAGGUUGCCUAGCCACGGCACUCCGCAAGACAAUCAAUCUAUCCGUCCAUGCGAGUUCGGUGCUGGUGGUCUUAUCGCCAAAUUCAGAAGGUGUUCUGGCGAACUGGCACUCCAUAACGUCACCUUCGCGUACCUUCGCGUCCUACCAUCCCCGUCCUCUCCAACCUCUGCAUCUUCCCCCCUGCAAACGAAAUCACGUUCAUUAUCGGGUCCUCCGCGUCCGGCCAAUCCAUCGUCACUCAGCUCCUCUUGAGCAUGUACAACCCUUCAAGCGGGACACAUCACCAUCGACGAGCACGGCGUCCAGUUCCCUCGACGACAAGCUCACAGAGUGGAGUGGCCAUCUCGAACGGGAGGGUGUAUUCGAGAAUGUCGUUGUUGGUGUGCUUGUUCAACGGGUGCCCGUCAUGGCGAAGGAAGAGGCGGAGGAUGCGCGCCGUGCUGCGCUGAUACAUUAG